CUCAUACUGGGAGUUGAGUUAAAUCCGAAACCAAUUCAGUUUACAUGUUCCAGCAGAGGACGGGCAGGCUUUGUCUUUUAGCAGAAAUUAAUCUUGCCGUGUUAAUCUUAUUUCUCCCUGAGGGAAGAUCAGUCAUCCCUGCGCUGAAGUCAGACAAGGACCAAAGCUGGCAGUGGCAGCUUCCCUGAAGAGGAUAGAAACUAACCAGCAAAGGUAUCAGACGCUGGUGCUAAGGAUGUUUUUGUCCCGAUAUCAGACCUGGAGGUAACCCCACGUUGUCUGUGCUGUCGCUCCCUCUCCCCGUACACCCCGGAGUGGAGAUGGUCCACUGGACCGCACAGUGGGGGACAUGUGUCUGGCUCCAGACUCUGCUGGCCUUUGCCUUGGCCAACUGUUCCUCACCCACCCCCAGUGCUGUCAACUUUUCUGUGAUUUAUACCAUGCCCUUCUUCCAGGCCCGGGGCCCCAUCCAGAACAUUGUCAAUAACUCGUUUUACCAGGAGGUUUAUGUUGCCUCUCAGAAUGUCAUUGAAGCUGUCAACAGAAGCUUGGAGAAGGUGUGGGAGCUCCGCACUGGGCCGGUGGGAAGCCCAGAGUGUCAGAUAUGCGAUUUGUGCGAUGUUGACAAGGAUCCCAACUUCCUGGAGGACACAAACAAUCAGGUCUUGCUGUUGGAUACUCUCUUUAUGUAUUUAUACUCUUGUGGAAGUUCUCAGUAUGGUGUAUGCUAUUUCCACCAACUUAACUCAAAUGGAGAGUCGCCUUCUCUUUCAAAGUGUUUAUUCAGAAAGGAUUCAAACGCUGCCGCCUACUGUCCUGACUGUGUGGCCAGCCCUCUUGGUACCAAAGUCACCAUGGUUGAAGAGGGUCAGACAGUCUAUUUCUUUGUUGCCGCCACUGUCAAUGACAGUGUGACCCAGCGUUAUGGAAGGAAGUCUAUAUCAGUGCGUCGACCACUGGCCACAGAAGAUGGUUUCUACAGGGAUGUUCGUGGUCUGACUGUCCUUCCGGGCUUGCGGAGGACAUAUCAUAUUGAAUAUGUGUACAGCUUUUUCACUCAGGAGUUUGUGUACUUCCUCUCAGUUCAGAGAGAGAGCCCCGACCAGGACUCAUCUCCGUUUCAGACUCGCUUGGGCCGUCUCCCACGGAAUGAAUGGGAAAUGAAGAGGUAUCGCGAGGUGAUUCUGGAGUGUCGCUUUGAGCCAAAACGCCGAAGGAGGAAUGUAGCCAGUGAACCCUAUAAGGAUGUGGUGUACAACGUGGUCCAGGCAGCCCAUUUUGGCAAGGCAGGCAAAGAGCUGGCAGAGGAGUUAGGGGCGGAGGAGGAGGAUGACAUCCUCUACGGGGUUUUUGCUGUUACUGAUGACAACGGGGUCACGGAGCAGGACUCUGCUCUGUGCGCCUUCCCCAUGGACAACGUGAACAAAGCAAUCGCAGAUGGAGUGGACGACUGCUGCGAGUCUGGACCAGAGCAGCUCUCCAGAGGGCUCUGCCAUUUCCAGCCCUGUGAGAGCUGUCCACAUGAGAGCAUGGAGAACAACGCCACAUGCAGAGACCAUCCUACUAUGGUGUCAAAGCCCUACUACAGAGUGGACCUCUUUAACAGGCAGAUGACAAACGUCCUGCUCACAUCUUUGCUGGUCACAACCAUAGAGAACAAGACUGUAGCCCAUAUUGGCACGUCUACUGGACGCCUUCUGCAGCUUGUAUUGACAAGAUCCAGCCCUGUUAUCUUUGCCAAUUACUCUUUGGUAGAGAACCAGAGGGUCUCGUCCAUCACCGCUGUUUACUCCUCAGAGUAUCUUCUCUUUGUAGUUGGAGACAAGAUGAUCCAGGUGCCCCAGAGAGGGCCGGGCUGUCAACACUUCCUGACUUGUGCCAUGUGUUUGACAGCUCCUAAGUUCAUGGGCUGUGGAUGGUGCUCUGGAGUGUGCUCCUGGGAGAGCGAGUGUCACAGUCGCUGGAGGAACGACUCCUGCCCACCAGGGGUCACUGGGUUCUUUCCACGGACUGCUCCCCCUGAUGGUCAAACAGAGUACGUGUGUGGAUGGGAGUUCCAGUCCCCCUUAAGACCUGUCAUCACCUCCAGAACCCAUCAGGUCCGACUGGGACAUACUGCCUGCACUGUGCUUCCAGUCAAAAGCAACAACACACACCUGGUGUGUAAGAUUCGCUCUGGGGCCACUGAGUUGUCCAAACCAGUCAACAUUACAGUGGAGGUGCAUGAGGGAAAGGUGGAUGGACGCUAUUCUAUUGAUGGGAAGGCAGAAAUGCCAGGAUUCACAUUUGUGAUUCCCAACAUCACAGAAAUCCAGCCCAACUAUGGGCCGCGUGUUGGGGGCACACUCAUCACAGUGACGGGACCUUACUUGGAUGCUGGAAAGACCAGGAAAGUCACUCUCAAUGAUGUGCCCUGUCCUAUAAAGAGAGUCACAAAGCCUAAAGGCAAUGUGUCCUCCAUCAUUUGUCUGUCUCAGCACAUGUCAGAGGUGAGAGAUGUUCCACUGAGUGUUUUCAUCGACAAGUCUCCUGUCCUCACCACAAAGGUGUUUUACUACAAAGACAACCCACAGAUUACAGCCGUCCUGCCUGGCUGUAGCUUUGACCGGGGUUCAAAGAUUGUGAUUGAGGGGGAGAACCUGGAUUCUGUGUACCGCACCAUCGUCCGCUUUAAACCCAAUGAGAGCCACUUGAAACCUGUGACAAGGGAAUGCAUAGGCAAGUCCUUGCCCACAAGGAUGGAGUGUAUCUCUCCUGUGUUCCCCAGGGAUGAGACAGAAGAAGGAGAGCUUUCUUUUGACAUGGACGGAGCGUUGGGACUUUGGAACAAAGAGUUCUCCUACCACCCCUACGGCGAGCCUAUACCUUUUGAAACAGAGGGACAUGUGUUGAGUUUGUACCCUGGGUUUGACGAAGUGUCACUACAUCAUCAAAAGCUGAAUCUGGUGAGCUCCUGUAUGACCAUCAUCAUGACGGUGGCAGGUGUUAAUUGUGAUGCUAAAGUCCUGGAUAAUGAGAUCACUUGCAGGAUCCCCAAAAACAUGACCAUCCCAAGUGAGGGACUGCCAGUGAAGAUCUCCAUCAAUGGGCAUGUCCACAACGUUGGCACGGUGGUGAGGGUGAGCAACCACUACAUGGUGGGCAUUGUUCUGGGGAUCCUGGCGGCUCUGGUGGCUGGGGCGGUGCUGGCAUUCGUAGUCAUGAAACACUUAAGGAAGGAGAAAAAAGCUUCCAUGGUAGAGACCCGUUUGUUGCACGGGGCUCACCGCACUAGUACAAAUAAUGUGGAGCUGUCGCCCAUGGGGGACUACAGGAGAGUAGUAUCCCUAAGUCCUCCAACUCCACUGGUAGGGCCGGUGGUGUUCCCCAGCCUGGCCUACGCUGCAGGCAGCAUAGAUCCUACGCUCACUACUCUCAUGCCUCCAGAGAAGAUCUCCAUCUCAAGUUUUAGGCCAGAGCUUCUGGAGGAGGUGAAGGAUGUUCUUAUUCCUGCUGAGAUGCUUAUUGUGCAGCACCACCGGAUCAUAGGAAGGGAACAGCUGCAGUCUUGUGUCAUUCUGUCUUUCACUGCAGGUCAUUUUGGCACUGUCUAUCACGGCUACUUCACAGACCACAACAACAGAGAAAUCCACUGUGCUGUCAAGUCUUUGAAUAACGUCGAGGAGGUGGAGCAGUUUCUGAAGGAGGGUAUCAUAAUGAAGGGUUUCCACCACAUUAAUGUGCUGUCUCUGCUGGGCAUCCUCCUGCCACAGGAAGGGCUCCCCUAG